AUGGUGAACUGGAACCAGCUGCAAAAUGCGACUACGCCUGAUAGUAAGCCCACUCCCGGGUGGCUGUUCAACGAGAUCAUAAGAGAUGUGCGAAACAGUCCCAAGGACACGCCGGACGUUGCCGAGUACCUGAUGCAAUGUGUAUGCAGUGACCAACUCAACAUACAGCUCAAGGGGGUCCUGUGCAUCAAACACAUCGCAAUGGAGGAUGUCACGUUUCAGAACUAUCUUUUGGCAUGUCCGGGCGCCUUGAAGAUCCUCGAAGACAUCGCGGCGCCUCCAAUCGUUCCCCAGGCGAGGGCUAUCGAGCCCCAGGAGGUCCGGACGGUCCGCGACGCGACGAAGACGGCCCUGGAGGCCAUUCGGACACCCCACAGCGUGGAGAAGUCGACCGCAG